AUGCCCGAUGCGACCCCGGCCACUGCGCCGAGAAGGGCCAAGCCGCCGCGGCGGAUCAUCAAGCGCCGAGCAUCCGAGCCAUCCGGGCACGUCACCACCACCGCGCUCCUCCAAAUCCUUCGCCCGAACCUCGACCUGGCUUUCUCGGACGCUCGGAACAUACGCAGCAGCCCCUCCUCGGAUCCUGCUGCCAGCUUCACGCUCGCCUCAGUCACAAAGAAGAUGGAGAUCCAACAGCAGAGCGGCAGCACGCCCGCACAUGUGCCGACGCCAGAGCAGAGGGAAAUCGACAGAGUGCUGUACCUGCGGCGCAUUUCGCAGGCCCGGUCGUGCUAUCCAUGUCGCCAGCGCAAGGUCAAGUGCGAUCAUGGCCAGCCGUGCCGGACGUGUCAGAAGCGAGGCCAUCCUGAGAUAUGCUCGUACAAUGUAGGCACGCCGGAGAAGAGGCGCGGGAGGCGUGCGAAGAAGGCCAUCGCUGAUGGGACGACGGCGACGACAGCAUCUCAAGGUGUUUCUGCUUCUGUUUCUGCAAACAGGAUAAGUUCUGAGCAGCAUGGAAAAGAGCUGCCAUCGCGGGAAGACAGUCUCGAGUCCGAGACGUCAUCAAACCGGACGUCGCCGGCUGCGACUGUCAAAGCAACCGAAGUGGCUUCCACAGUAGCAGCGGCGGCUUGUUCUCGUGCGCCGCAGGCCAACUGCUACCGGACUAUAAGAAAGGAGCAUUAUCAAGGGGACAGCUCAGUUCUUGCAAUGUUACAUGGCUCUGCGGAUUCGCCCGCUGUGGAGAUGAGGAGGAAGGCUGGGCCGGUGCUUGGCUUGCACAAUACACUUGAGUUUUAUCCGUUUAUGAAGCUCAAGACGAUACAGGAGCGGUGGGCGGAGUUGUUGAAGCUGAUUCCGCAAAAGCAGGAGGUUUUGAGAUAUUUCCCGUCGCAUGGCGCUACAAUCUAUCCUCUCAAUCCUGUUUUGAUAGAUCCUGAUGACUUGGAGUCUGCCUAUUGCGAUUACUUGUCGGCUCUCGAGGCCGGUGAGCUCAAAGAUCCCAAUGUCUUUUCUCCGAAAUGGGUGUGCAAAGCGUACAUUUCGCGGAUUGCCCUGCUACUGGCAGCACUUGCUACCAGUGCUCACUACUCGGUGAUGCAGUCUCCGAGGAGGCGUUCUGAGCAUUGUCGUGAUUACAUUCAACGCGCAUUUGAUUGUCUACGUCUUGCCAAUUACGUUCUACAUCCAUCACUAGAUGUGGUCCAGACUCUGCUCAUCAUUGGGACCGUUCUUCAAGAUGUUGGACAGUCAGACGGCGCAUGGGUCAUGUUGGGCACCACAGUUCGAGUAGCGCAGGCUCUGGGUCUGCACACUCUGACGGAAGCUCAGCUCCAAGAGGAUAAAGGGAAGAAGAAGCAGGCUCUUUGGGAUAUGAUAUGCAAGCAGGAUUGCUUGCUCAGUCUGUGCCAUGGCCGGCCACAUAUUGCGACCAACCAAUCCUUGGCAACAAACAACCUUCUGUAUCGUUCCGACGAAGCAUUAGGCUUCUCGGAUAUGAUGUGUGGCAUUGUUUCUGUGUGCAUAAGUCUCCUAAACUUGGAGCAGCCAAGCUGCGAAGCGUCGUUGAAACUGCUAGACGAGCUAGACGGAUACCAAUCCCGAGCCUUGCCGUAUCUCGAAGACCGAAACAGUUGCAAAAAUAUUCAGCAGCGGUAUGAAAACCUCACUAUUCAAAUACAGCUAUCCUUUGCGGCAUCGGUCAUCUCUCGGCCAGCGUUGACCAGGACUGUGGCGACGACCAACGAAGAGAUCAACAACCUGCAAAUUCUCAAGCGCCGAGCCAAGGAGAGUUUGAUGAGCACGGCCAAGUCUUUCAUCGAGUUUCAGUCACUAAGUAUCAUACCCAUCCGCACAUGGUCGCUGAUCCAUGCGGUGCUGAGUGCCACGAUUAUGCUUUGUCUUUGGGAGGAGACGCGAAAUGAUGCGGAGAGCCGAGAUGUGCUGCAGCGCGUGAUGGAAAUCUUUUCGCGAGCAGCGCAGGCGGACGAUGAGACUGGCAUGAUGUCAGACAACAACCCUUGGCUGUCAAUGAGCCAUACCCGAGCACUGGUGGCUCUUCAAAGCGCCCUCCAAAAGGCCCCUGCGCUGACCAGUCCUGCGGCGACAACAUCAACGCCGGCAUCGCUGCCCGAGCAACCACUGGCAGAGAACAUGCCGCAGCAGAAUUACGCUUUACCGAGGAUGCAAGAUACGGGAGGCCCUCCGUUGGAUCCGACGGUGGAUGGCCCGAUGAGCUACAACUUUACCUCGAUGCUAAUUGACGGGUUCUCCAUGGACGCAUACUCGUACCCCUGGGACACGUCGGGGGUGUCGCCGUUGAUGUAUCUCGAUCAAAUUAUGAAAGGUGAGGAGGAUGUGACGUUUCCCCACCACGACCCCAGCUUUGUGGUGAAUUGA